AUGAGAUACAUUAUCAAGGCCGACGCCCCCUAUGAAUGGUACUGGCAAGGGAAGCCUCUUAGCAGAGGCAUGAUUCGAGGCGAACACAUCUUGCCUCAGCCUGUUGGAACUACUACUCGACGUGCAUCGACACGCGAUCCUUCUCCUCAAACCCCCAGACAUAUUUGUCCCCGAUGCGGAUGUGAGUACGAGCAACCCAGACCCCCAACACCCAGCAACAGUGGGGAUACCGAGCGCAACACGAUACAUAACACUCGCUCCUGUGCCUGUCACACUGUGAUAGAUGAUCCAGAGCCCCCACAAACAGUGAGAAGGUGCAACUGCGACACAUGCAGGGCUGCCACCUCUGCUGCCUCCGUUCGGCAUGCAUUUGUGCCUCCGACUCCGGCUCUGACCAGGACCGUGACCCCGGGUCCAGGGCCUUAUCACCAUGACUCGGCAAGUCCACAUGUACCAAUGAUAUACUGUUUGUACUGCCAAGAGUAUCACCAUGUAUGUCAGCACAACGAUAUCCCUUUUCCGAAUGCCCAGCCGCCGGUGGAGGCCCCAGUUCCCGCUCCCGCCCCAACCCCAGCCCCAACUCCAACCCCAACUACCCGCGCUCGACCUGCUCAGUCGAGGUGCAGAUGUCCGCAAUGUGUGGCUUUAGCUGCAGCUGCAGUUGCCGCUGCAGCAGAGGCUGAGGCUGAGGCUGAGGCUCGUCGCCAUGACCAUCAUUUUACUGAGGGUCGAUUUGAGAACUACGUUUCUCCCAACGUUACCGAUGACACUGCUUCACUGUAUUCGGUAGAUAUGGCACCCAGGAGCGACAGGAGUACAGAAGAGGGUCGGUCCGGGCAUCUUAUUCUUGCUAUUCCUGUGGAGUACACGGAGUGA